AUGGCGGUGGAGAUGAGGAACUUUCUCGGCGGCUUCGCAUGUCCCUGUCGCCGAUUCUCCUCCGAAUUUCCGUUAAAGUCUCCUCGUCGCUUCACAACAUUCGCAGUUGUUAAGAGGAGUCCCAAGCGCCUCAAGUACUCCACUCCGCGCUUUACCAAGGAGGAUGGACUGCUGUACGUUGAAGUUGAUCCGAGCGGUUCGGACGCGUGGAAACUGGAUCCUAUUGUCGAGCUAUUGAAACAAGGAGCUGUUGGAGUAAUUCCUACUGACACUGUGUAUGCAAUAGCUUGUGAUUUGAGAAACAACUCAGCUAUUGAACGUUUGCGUAGAAUAAAAGAUAUCGAACCUUCAAAGCCCCUUAGUAUAUUGUGUCACUCUUUCAAAGACAUCGACACUUACACCACAGGAUUUCCUCGUGGCAAUGAUCUAGGUCUUACAAACAUUUUUCGAGCUGUUAAACACUGCUUGCCUGGUCCGUAUACUUUCAUUUUGACUGCAAGUAAAGCCCUGCCUAAGCAAUGUAUAAGAUACGGGACUACAUCUUCCAAGUAUGCAUCAAGAAAGAAUGUCGGCAUUCGCAUACCUGAUGAUAGUGUGUGUCAGGCCAUACUGAAGAAGAUGGAAGCUCCUUUGAUAUCCACCAGUGUUAAGUCACCAAAGGAGGAUGAAUGGAUAUUAGAUCCCGUCGUAAUAGGUGAUGUAUAUGGACCAGAGGGCCUUGAUUUUGUCGUUGCUGCUGGUAUUAGAGUAGCCGAGCCAUCAACGGUGGUUGAUCUCACCGGAAGUCUGCCUAAAAUUAUACGUCAGGGAAAGGGUCCUAAGCAGGCGUGGAUGGUUGCAGCAGAAGAUGAAGACGACGACGAUACUGCUAUGUAACUGAGUUCAUUACCGCAGGCUUUCGUUAGAACUGCUUCAAUUUUCUCUAGAAAGCUGAUUCUAAAUGAAAUACACAACACAUUCAACCGCAUCUUCAAUAUAACACUUACCCUACUCAUGA